AUCAAACUGUCGAGCCCUGGAUUACUCCUAAUGAUCAAUAUGCGACUCGUGUUGCCUCUGCUAUUGCUGUUCUUCGAGGUCCAUUACGCCUCUGCAAGCCGUCACUCUCUGAUAUAUUUCUACACGGCUGUGUCAGGAGACAUUGACUUUCCAGAGUUCACUGCUGUGGGUCUGGUGGAUGGUGUGCAGUUCAUGUACUUUGACAGUUACACACAGAAAGCUGUUCCUAAAACAGACUGGAUCAGACAGAAUGAGGAAGCUGACUACUGGAACAGAGAGACUCAGAUCCUGCUUGGUCAACAUCAAGACUUCAAGAGCAACAUCCAGACAGCAAAGGAACGCUUCAACCUGACAGAGUCAUCAGGUGUGCACACAUGGCAGGGAAUGUACGGCUGUGAGUUGGAUGAUGAGACUGGACAAACGUAUGGGUUUGAACAGUAUGGAUAUGAUGGAAAGGAUUUCAUAUCUCUGGAUGUGAGGAACAUAAGAUGGGUUGCUCCAGUUCAGCAGGCUGUCAUCACUAAACAGAAAUGGGACAAUGACAAAGCACAGCUUGUUUAUGAGAGACAGUACCUCACUCAGACCUGCAUUGACUGGCUGAUACAAUACUUGCAUUAUGGGAGGAGCAUUCUGGAGAGAACAGUCUCUCCUGAGGUGUAUCUGUUGCAGAAGAGCUCCUCUUCUUCAGUGGAGUGUCUUGCUACAGGUUUCUACCCAAGGCAAGCACUGAUUUCUUGGCAGAAAAAUGGUCAGGACCUUAAUGAGGAUGUGGAGCUGCUGGAGACUUUACCCAAUGAAGAUGGAACCUUCCAGAAGAGGAGCAGACUGACAGUCUCAGCUAAGGCACUGACUGAGCACCAGUACUCCUGUGUUGUAGAUCAUAAGAGCCUGCCAGACAGGACCGUGAAGACCUGGGAGCCUGCUGACAAUAACAGCGGCGUGAUCAUUGGCAUUGUGGUUGCAGUCAUUGUCCUUGUUGCUGUCAUUGCUGGUGUUGGGCUCUUCAUAAGAUCCAAGAGUGGUCCCAGCUCUGCUGCCUCUGUUGGCUCUAACGACUCUGAUGUGCCCAUUUUAACAGGUAAAUUAGCAGCCAGUCUCUUAAAUCCGAAUGAAGAGCAGCAUCAACAGUAG